UUAUUUAAGAUAAAACUUGUUUUUAUUUAACUCAUGCAAAACAAUUUUUAUUUAAUUGAGAAAAAAUAGAGAAACACAUAUCAUAUCUUAAACUUAUUUGUUAUUAUAUCACGUCAGAAUAAAUCAAAACUUUAUUUUAACCUUGUUUCGUUUCGAUUAAAACUGAUUAAUUAAUGAAAUUGAAUAUCCGAUGAGAGAUAAUUUAUUUCUUUUAUAAUUAUAUCAAUACCGAUCAAUGAUCUUUGAAGAAAAAGAGUUUUUUUUUCUUGUUUUUAGAUUGUCAAAGUAUUUAAAUUCUGAUAAAACAACAACAACAACUGUGAUCAUGAGUAAUCGAGUUGGACCUGAUGAAUCCGUAGAAGUUAACUCUAAUACAACACGUUUACGAAGAUUAUAUGCACAGUUUCAAACGCAAAAAUUACUUUGGAUAGUAUUUCUUGUUAUUUGUAUUGAUGUAGUUAUAUCUGUUGUAACAAUUACUGUUUUAAUGAACAAAACUGAAAGAGAAAAAAUAUCAAUAAUGAACAUAACAACACCAACAUCAACAUCAUCAUCAAUACCAUCAUCAACAACAACGUCAUCAUCAUCAACAACAACAACAACAAGUGAACAAUUAAUUCCCUCUGGUAUCAUUAAUAAAAAUACGAAAUGGAAAAAGAAUGCAAUUACUGUUGCUGGAGGACACGAAGCGGGAAGUGAAUUAAAUCAAUUAAAUGAGCCUUGGGGCAUUCAUGUUGAUAAUGAUGACCAUAGUAUUUAUAUUGCUGACAGAAACAACCAUCGUAUAGUUAGGUGGGAAUUUGGUGCAAAGAAUGGUACACUUGUUGCAGGUGGAAAUGGACCGGGAAAUGAAAUGGAUCAGUUAACGCAACCCACAGACGUAGUUCUUGAUAAAGAGAAGAAAUAUCUCAUCAUUUGUGACUAUAAAAAUAGACGAGUGAUGAAAUGGUCUCUUCAAAAUAGUCAGGAUUGUCAAGUAUUGAUACCCAGUAUUUAUUGCUUCGGUUUAGCAAUGGAUAGUAAUGGAGAUCUUUAUAUUUCUGACUGGACAGAAGGAAAAGUCACACGUUGGCAGCAAGGAUAUAACGAAGGUAUACUUGUAGCAGGUGGAAAUGGAGAAGGAAAUCAAUUAAAUCAACUCAAUGAACCUAAGUAUAUCUUCGUCGAUAAAGAUCAUUCACUUUAUAUAGUAGAUGAUAUGAAUAAUCGUGUGAUGAAAUGGAACAAAAAUGCAAACGAAGGCAGUCUUGUUGCACCAGGACAAGUUUCUAAUGAAAAUCUUGAUACGAUGGUGCGUUCCAAAGGUGUGAUUGUUGAUCAUGAAGGUAAUAUUUAUGUGUCAAGUGAUGGUAGUCAUCAAAUAACGCGUUGGUCGCCAGGUGCAAUAGAAGGGACGCCUGUCAUUGGUGAAAAACAAUCUGGAAGCGAACCCACGCAGCUUCAGGACCCUCACGAUUUGUCGUUGGAUCAACAGGGUAAUCUUUAUGUUGUCGAUAGAAACAACCAUCGAAUACAAAAAUUUGCUAUUGAUCGUGACUGA